AUGUCUUUGCCUGAAACCAGUUCAGAUGUUCCGGCCGCUGUUGCCUCCUUGAAGAGGCCAGCCGCAAUGAAAUCUCUGCGAGCCAAAAAGACGCGUGUAAUCGUCCUUGGAGCUGGAAUGGCCGGACUGGCCGCGGCAAGAGAAUUGCUGCAGCGAGGAUACCAAGUGUUGGUGUUGGAAGCCAGGGACAGACCCGGAGGACGACUCAAGGGAGGUGUCAAGACCAACGACCGUGAAGGAGGGAAUGAAGGAAUGAAAACCUUACCCAACAAAGUGAUUAACCCAGAUGACGAAGUCGUCAAGCCGGUGCACAAAUCCAGAAGAAAGGACACGACAACCCCUGUGGAUCUAGGAGGCGCCUUAAUCCACGGAAUCGACGGCAAUCCCAUUUACGCACUCACACAGCAAAUGGGCAUUCCUACUCAGCCAGUCUCAGAGUGUCUUUUGUUCAAUGAAACUGGUUGGCCUGUGGAUACAAGAGAAGAUGAGCGCAUUUCGACCAUGUUCAAUGACUGUCUAGAAGAAACUUUUGAACGAUUAGCUAGGUUGGAAGGAGCACCAAGUAGCAGUGGUGCUACCAAUGGGGAUACGCCAUCGAACACUACCCAAGUCAACAACAGUAAUGCCUCUGAUCAACAACAUGAUGAUCAACAGGAAAAUAAGUCUGACACGGAAAACAAUCAGCCUCCACAGACUGCUGAACCCGACAGACUUGUCACCAUACCACCGCCAACCACGGAUAUUGCUGACUCCAAACCUGCUGCAAUCACCUUGAACCAACGGCAAGAAAAUAAUCUCCAAGAGCUGCGAACGAUAUCUCCCCCCUCUCCUAGUGCGGUUAGUCAGGUGGAAGCAGGAAACGAAGAAAAGAAAACAGAGCACCCAAACAGCGACGACGUAUCUACUAUCGAGGAAGUUAUUGUCACAACUACUCAAACAUCCAGCGCAACGGCAGCAAAUGUCGUAGAUUCACGACAAGCAGCUCCUCGUUCAAACAAUCAGAGCGACCCGCCCGAAACUAUUCCUGCUGCUGCUGGCAGUGACGGCAGCAACAACGACAAGAGCCCGUCGUCUUUUGGAGAUGUCUUCGACAAGGUCUGUGCUGAAAAGGGAGCGCCAUCGGCCUUGCCCUUGUUUCAGUGGCAUCAGCAUAACCUCGAAGUAAGCUGUGGGGCAUCCUUUGCUGAUCUGGGGUACAAGUGGAAUGACGAUGAACCGUACGGUUUUAAUGGUCCUCAUGUCGCAGUAAAGACAACCUGGAAACCAAUCAUGGAGGGAUUGGCCGAGGGAAUCAACAUUUUGUAUCAAAGCCCUGUCAAGAAGGUUGUCAUGGUAGUUCCAGAUCCACCGCCGCAGCCAGAACCACAGGUGCUGACGCCCAGUGAAGCACAGCCAGGCCCCGACAAUGCGGCAAAGCCCACGCGCAAACGAAAACUGACACCUGCACCCACCCCUUUGCCCAGCAGAAGAUCGCGAAGACUACGAGGAGAUAACGCAGACGCAAGACGAUCAUCUAGGGCUAAUAAAGGGCAAAAGGUGGAACGAUUCGUUGUGAAUGAGUUUUCAACGGAAACCUACGAAGGGAACAAAUCUCCUCCAAGCCAGCGCACGAAUGGUCGAAGUCGUAAGGAGGAAGAAGAAGACGAAGGAAUCCCUCACACAACAGUGCAGGUGACACUUCAUGAUGGGACAGUGUUGGAAGCAGAGGCUGUCGUUUGCACUCUGCCGCUUGGAAUUCUCAAGCUGGAGCCACCACCAGAGCCCAAGCUUGACAAGAGCAACAAACAAGUCACAGACGAAGCUGAAGACGGCAGCGACGACGCUUCCUGCGCCGUCAGUUUCUACCCAAGCUUGUCGGAACGAAAGCAGACUGCUAUUAAUCGUUUGGGCUGUGGCCUCUUGAACAAGUGUAUCCUCUCCUUUCCGCAUGUCUUUUGGCAAGAUUCCGACUUUCUUGGGGUAGCCCAUCCUGCAAAGUCAUACCUGGUUCUGAACGCAGCUGUGUUCACGAACAAGCCAAUCUUGACGUUCAUGUACGGCGGGAGCUUUGCCGAGGAAAUCGAAGAGUGGACCGAUAAUGAAAUUGUUGCGGAUUGCAUGGAAGUCGUUCGGAUCAUUUGCGGAAAGCGAGACAUUCCUGCGCCCAUCGACUACGCCGUCACGCGGUGGGGACAGGAACGCUACUCACGCAUGUCCUUUUCCUACGUCCCUCCUGGGGUCGAUGGGACCGAGGAAUUCAAGGCUAUGAGUGAGGCUGUGUACGACCCGCUUGUUCCUCAGAAACCAGUAAUAAUGUUUGCUGGCGAACACACAACUCCCUUCCAUCCCUCGACAAUUCAUGGGGCAUUCUUGUCGGGGAUUCGAGAGGCAUACCGCUUGGACCUUGUCGUGGAAGCCGAGGCGAACGAGUUUUUGGAAUUCGAUGACGAACACGUGUACCAGCAUACGUUUGCUGUUCGAAAAUUGUUUCAAAACGUCAAGUCGCCGGUCGCCAGGGCACCAAGGCAGAGUGCCAGUUCAUCAAGUGAGACAAAUGAAAGCGGUUCUGAGCAGCAGGCCGAUAGCCGUGGCGCACAGCCGCAAGCGAACGGUUCGUCAGAGCAGCAACAAAACAGAAGAAGGCAGCACCGUAGACGAGGAGCUGCCACUGUGACAAACACGAGCAUGAGCCUUCGAGAGAGGCCGCAGGCGGUCUUGCCAGAACAAACCGCGCCGCCCCAAAGGAGGAAAAAGGCGACUCAGGCCCAAGCCAACAAUGGCACCUCGGUGACGCCACACGCGAAACGAAGUCGUCGCUCGUCGUAUGCCAUGGGCGAUGGGACAACUCCCUCGAGCAAUGGCAAGGCUCCCGCCGUCGAUGCGGAUAACGAGCAGAACGACAAGUUGGUGGCGUCUCUCGAGAGACGUACACUCAUGCGUGCCUUGGAAAGCUACGGCCACAACUAUUCCUACAUUCAGUCCGUCGUUCUCCCUAUCUACGGAAACGCGUCGGUUCAAAGGACGUUGCCUCAAGUAAGGGCUCGAUGUCAACAGCUUAUCCGUUCCAUCAUGUCUACUGCUUCUGCAGGACUCCCCAAGAAGCUGCUCGACUCGUGGGUUUCCAAGGAGGUUUACGUACCCCCAAAGAUAGAGGAGAAGCAAAAGAAGAAAGCCGCCAGCACGCGGAGAAAGAGGCCUGAAAAGAAGCCUCCGGCUGAAGGCACGCGCAAAUCUUCUCGACACCAGAAACAACGCACGCUGAUGAACCUGUAG